GAGGUGGGAGGGAAUGGACUGUUAGGUGCAGCCAUGGGAUUAGGAUUGGUCAGGGAAGGUGUCCUGGACAGAGUAUUUGAGGGGAAGGAUUUGGAAGGAUGGGAGAUUAUAGGGCUGGGUAGACUGCACAGCAGAGGAGAGAGAGAAAUCAAAUGGGAAAGCCAUGGAAACACAGGCUUGGGCAGUAAUGGGAAAUGGAAGUGUCUCAAAGCCACUACUAAAGAGUUGUCAGCAAAAUAAAUAAAUAAAUAAGAAUAAAGUUGUUAGCAGAUUCCAGAAGUGCCUCCUUGGAUUUUCUAGAUACUGUCCUUUGAGGGCUGCAAAGAAGAGAUCUCUUAUCCCUUGGGCAGCAGGAGGACUAGAAAUGGCCUUUUUUCAUUUAAUACCCUCAGGUGAGCUUCGAGAUUGGGGUAUGGUUGAAGCUCCUUGAUUCGCAGUCCUGUUGGGAAAAGUCUUGUCGAUGAACUUUUGGAAGGGUGCUGCCCUUGAGGGCUAGCGGCCAGGACCUCUGAGAUCUUUAAUGAGCCUGGUCUCUCCUAAAGCCUUCUUGAUUUUGCUCUGAUGUAAGGAAUAAACUACAACCCCCAGAGUCACUUAGGGCUAACUUAGCACGCCUUCCGGGGAUUUGAGUAUUUCCGGCGGAAGUUGCCGCCGCUACGCCAAUCUCCUUCCCUAAGCAAAGUAGACUACAAUUCCCUCUGUCCUCCGCGCCCGGGGGCGGGGAAGGGAACCGGAAACCGGAUGGAGAGCUGAACCAGGCUGAGGUCAGAGAACAGAUUGAUGGAUCAAGCUGUUCAGUCAACCCCUGAGGUCCCUUCUGGGAGAAGAGGUUGAGAGGGAGAAGAACCCUGACCCCUGCCCUAUGGGAGGCCCAAACAGGUUGGAAACGUCCAGAGCCUGGCAAGCCCUCAGAAACAAGCAGAAUGCCAAGUGGACAGUUGAACCUUGAGUGAAAUCAGGCUGUAGAAAUGGAGAGUUGCUCGGGAAAGACUCCGAGGUAGAAGGUGGCAGUGACAUGGCUUUGCCCCAGGCUUAUCCACUGGGGCCCCUCCAUGAACCUGCGAGUGCCCUAAUGGAGCCCCAGCCUUGCCCUCAAAACUUGGCUGAAGGCUUCCUGGAGGAGGAGCUUCGGCUCAGCUCUGAACUGAGCCAGCUGCGGUUCUCAGAGCCCGUGGGCAUCAUCUACAAUCCUGUGGAGUAUGCGUGGGAGCCACACCAUAGCUAUGUGACCCGCUACUGCCAGGGCCCCAAGGAAGUGCUAUUCCUGGGCAUGAACCCAGGACCCUUUGGCAUGGCCCAGACUGGGGUGCCCUUUGGGGAAGUGAACGUAGUCCGGGACUGGUUGGGCAUCGGGGGGCAUGUGUUGACCCCUCCCCAAGAGCACCCUAAGCGACCAGUGCUGGGACUGGAGUGCCCUCAGUCAGAGGUGAGCGGUGCCCGGUUCUGGGGCCUUUUCCGGAAACUGUGUGGACAGCCUGAAGUCUUCUUCCGUCACUGUUUUGUCCACAAUCUGUGUCCUCUGCUCUUCCUGACCCCCAGUGGGCGCAACGUCACUCCCGCUGAGCUACCUGCCGAGCAGCGAGAACAGCUUCUUGGGGCCUGUGACGCGGCCCUCCGCCGGCAGGUGCAGCUGCUGGGGGUGCGGCUGGUGGUGGGAGUGGGGCGGCUGGCAGAGCAGCGGGCACGGCGGGCUCUGGCAGGCCUGAUGCCUGUGGUCCGGGUGGAGGGGCUCCUGCACCCCUCACCUCGUAGCCCUCAAGCCAACAGGGGCUGGGAGGCUGUGGCCAAGGAGAGACUGAAUGAGCUGGGGCUGCUGCCGCUGCUAAUGAAAUGAGUGCCUACGUGGCCCGGCACGGGACACGUUCAAGGUCCCCAAGUCAUUCUGGGGCAAGCCAUGUGCUUCCUGGACCGGAGCAACAGAGUCUUCCCGGGCUCCCUCCCUGGUUUCUGGGACCUGGCGUGGCAGUUUUGACACUACUCUGGCUUGCUGCUUCCUUCACCUUCCUUCCAGCACUGCCUCUGGUCAUGUGGUAACCAACUCCACAGAGACCUGCCAUCUGCAAACUGCUCUACCUCAGUGUUCCCUUGGGAGCCUCUGGUCAGCUGAGAGUGACUUCUGAGGUCGUGUUUGCUGUGUUAGAGAAAAGAUCCUGCCAGGAUCCCCACCCGUCCUCAUAGAACAGCUUCCUUCAAGCUGAGCCUUUUCCUCACAGGGACCAGGACAAAGCGAGAGGCAUGGAUGUUAAGAGGAAACUUCCCCACGGGAGACUGAGGCUGGGUCAGAGAAAGAAUUCAGUGUGGCAGAGUGGGGAAAGACCAGAAGACCCGGAUUUUCAUCUCGGCUUUGAGACUUUACGGCUUUGGGCAAAUCAGCGAACCUCUCCAAGCCUCAGGAUCCUCAUCUGUAAAACGAGGAUCCCUAACUCAUGCGGUUGGUGUGGGGAUUAAGUGAGGGAACACUUGAAAGUGGCUUGCGUAGUGCCAGGCAGGUGGGUGCUUGUUAAUCUCGCUUUCUUGCCUCUUGGGUGGGGCAUUGCUAUAUCACACUACAGCGGGAGCUCCCGCGCUCUGUAGACCUUCCUGGGUGAGGGGCAGAUUCUUGCCCUGCCAGAGAUGGACCAGUCACUUCAUGAAACCCCCAGCCUGUGAUUUUUAGUCUAAGCAUGAAAAGUUCCUAAACCCUUUUGUGUGGUCCUUUUUUUUUUUUUUUUCCUUCCUGCAUAUGAGUCCGAAGUGGUGGUUUAGAUUUUCCCUUCUCUUACCUCUUCACUGUUUGCAAAGGG